CGCCCAGGAGAAAGGCCUCCACCACUCUCCAGUCCCCACUACCGAGCAAGGCCAGCCAGCCAGCCAGCCGGCCAAAGUUGCCGAACCCCGAGCCAAAAGCAGCCGCCAUUAUUGGCGCUGCAACACCAAAAGCAGCCGCUGCUUUGCUGAAAAAGCUCCGGCGCCGGCGACGCGCGCGGCCAGAUAUGGGUGCGGAGCGAGCGCGGCGCUGGAAGCUCCUGCCCUUCCGGUCCCUGUCCCUGCCGCCGGCGUCCGCGUCCAAGCCCAAGCGCAGGUCGCCGGACGUUCCUGUCCCUCUGUCUCCGGCGAGGACGGAGAAGGAGGUGGAAGAGGAGGUGCCGGCGGAGUUCCUGUGCCCGAUCCUGCGCGCGCCCAUGGCGGACCCGGUCAUCCUGCCGCCCGGGCGGACGUACGAGCGCGCCUGCGUCCGGGCCUGCGCGGACCUCGGACUCUCGCUCGGACCGGACGGAGUGGUGGCGGGGGAGGGGAACACGCAGGGGGGUGGUGGUGGUGCCGUCGCCAUACCCAACGACGCGCUCCGGGCGGCCGUCCGGACGUGGUGCGCGCGCUCCGGCCGCGCGGCACCGGUGGCUCCUUCAGCCGAGAAGGCGAGUGAGGCCGUGCUCCAAGCGGUGCCUUCGGCGCGGGCGCAGGAGAGGACGGCUUCGAACCUGUCGUGCGCAUCGGAGGUGGCGAUGGCCCCGGCGAGGUCGUCAUCCAACCUGUCGUGCGCAUCGGACACGGCGCUGGCGCCGGCGAGGUCGGCGUCCAACCUGUCAUGCUCGUCGGAGGGCGCGUUCGCUGCGUCGUCGUCGUCGUCGUCGUCGUCGUCGGGUAGGUCGUCGAGGGAGAUGGCCGCGGCUGAGGUCGAGGUGGUGCGCGGGAAGGAACAGGAGGCGGUGAAAGAGAACGAGAAAGAAGAGGAGCCCGUGCCCGUGCGUGCCGCUGACGCGGAGGAGGAGGCGGUGGCGAAGGCGGUGGAGUCGGGGGACGAGAUGGAGGUGGAGGCGACGAUGGCCGCGCUACGGCGCGCCACGCGGGAGGGUUCAGCGAGGCGGCGCGCGCUCUGUGUGCCGCGCCUCCUCGCGGCGCUCCGGCGGGUGCUGCUCUCCUCGCGCCACACCGCCGCGGCGCGCGCCGACGCCGCCGCGGCGCUGGCGAACCUUUCCCUGGAGCCGGAGAACCGGGUGCCCAUCGUGCGCGCGGGUGCGGUGCCGGCGCUCGUCGACGCCGUGGCCUCCGCCGCCGCGCCGCCGGAGGCGCGCGAGCACGCGGCCGGCGCCCUCUUCGGCCUCGCGCUCCACGAGGGUAACCGCGCGGCCAUCGGCGUGCUCGGCGCCGUGCCGCCGCUCCUCGCCGUCCUCGCGGGCCGCGACGGCGACCACGCCCCGCGCGCGCGCCGCGACGCCGGGAUGGCGCUGUACCAUCUCUCCCUCGCCGCCGUGAACCAGUCGAAGCUCGCGCGCGCCCCGGGCGCGGCCAGGAGCCUGCUCUCCGUCGCGUCCGACGCCGACGAGCCGGCGCCCAUCCGCAGGCUGGCGCUCAUGGUGGUCUGCAACGUGGCCGCCUGCGCGGAGGGCCGCGCCGCGCUGAUGGACGCCGGCGCCGUGGCGACGGCGUCCGCUAUCCUCUCCGGCGACGGAUCACGCAGCUCGGAGCUGCAGGAAUGGUGCGUCGCGGCAUUGUACGCCAUGAGCAGGGGCAGCCCGCGGUUCCGGGGGCUCGCCAGAGCGGCCGGCGCGGACCGUCAGCUGAUGCUCAUCGCCGAGCAGGCGAGCCCCGGCGUUCACGAGGACAUGGCGCAGAUGGCGCUGCGCACAAUGCUGGGCCUGGCCGAUAACAGCGACGACGACCAGAUCACGGAGUGCAUGAGCAACGAGGGCAACCAUGGCGGCGGCAGGGUGCCUCACCGCCGGCGCGUGGCGAGCUGGAGCGCUCCACCUCCCGCGACGCCGGCAAGCUCUCAUCAAUGGCGAUCCGUGUGCAUUGAUUAAUUGAAGAGUUCAGCUGCUAGAUGAUGCUGUGAGACAUGCUUUGUUCAUGGGGUUUAAAUCUUGCCGUGCUUUCUUCUUCUUGGUCUGUCAUUUUGGAAUUUGGAUGAAUGGUGCAGCGAAAUGGUGAAGAAACUAGACAGUUGUGCGAGCAGUUGGUAUCUAGUUCAGUUGUGUGCGUUUGUACUCUGUACUGUACUGUACUGCCACUUUGUUCUUGUCAUGUCAGCCAAACUGUAUAUAGGUUGUUGCUUGCAAGUUUUUGCAUGCUCUUUUGCUGUUAAUCGUAUUAAAUACGUAGUACCUCAUUUGGAAAUGUAAGGAGUACUAUGUUGUUACACAUAUACAUUAUGCAUGUUUUUU